GGAUCCCCGUGUGUGGGUCAGCGAGGCACCAGUUGCGUGUUGGACAGUGUGUCGGGAGGUUUUGUCGCCCACCCGAAUUCGUAGCUCGUUCUGGGAAGGGCUGUUCCUUCGCUCGUCCAGGACAGAGGAUUUAAGAUAACAGAAGAAAAACUCACAACGACAGUUCGAAUGACCGCCGUCGUCGCCGUGCGAGUGUGAGUGGGCGAGAGAAGCUCACACUCUUCACUCUCAUGGAGUAUUCCUGACACGCCCGCUGCAGGAGGGACAGUGUGCAGUGUGAAGUGUGCAAGGUGUUCUCGAAGUGCGUCGCGGGGGCCCGAGGUUGCCGCCGGAGAAAGGGCCAGUCUCGGGAGCGAGGUGUCCUGAUUUGAUCUCCUUCGGUGGGGUCGUUUGUAUGUGUUUUCCGAGUGUUGGGGGAGAGGUGGAAGAGGCCUGCGUGGGAGAGUGCGUGCGUGCGAGUGCGCCUGUUCCGCUGUGCGAGAGAACGCCUCUCACGUGCCGCUCAGCGUAGAAAAGACUUCGAAGGAACUUUCGGCCAGUGAGCGGUGUAUGAGCAUUGAGGGCGUGGCCUGAACGAAGGUGCCAAGGAUGGGUGCCAACGCCUCUCAUCAGCACGAGCCCCUCGGGGAUCAUCAGCGCGCCGCCCACGCCCGCGCUGCCGCCGCCCACGCCCAUGGCACGGGCGGGGGGCCCGCACACUAUGCUCGCGCCUCCAUUAGGAAAUCCCUGCGCAAGAAGAAGAAGCAGAGGCAGUUAGAGAAGGAUGACAACAAGGAGAAUCAGGACGACCACACACAGGCCGACGGCCGGGACCCCGCGCAGACACCCAAGGUUGAGGGUCCAAGCGGGUCUCGAGGACGCAGGAUGGACAGGUUACGGCGCAGCUUCCGAGAGAGCUUCAGGAGGAAGAAGGACCACCAUCAUGUGACUGAAGCCUCCAAGCCUCACCAGUGGCAGACAGAUGAAGCUGCAGUCAGGGCUGGCACCUGUUCCUUCCCCGUCAAGUACCUCGGGUGUGUGGAGGUGUUUGAGUCCCGUGGAAUGCAGGUGUGCGAAGAAGCUUUGAAGGUACUCAGGAAUUCUCGCCGCAGACCCAUCAGGGGAAUGCUCUACGUCUCAGGUGAUGGACUUCGAGUAGUGGACGAUGAGACUAAGGGUCUGAUUGUAGACCAAACGAUAGAGAAAGUGUCAUUCUGCGCACCAGACAGAAACCACGAAAAGGGCUUCUCCUACAUAUGCCGGGAUGGGACAACCAGACGGUGGAUGUGCCAUGGCUUUGUUGCAGUGAAGGAGACGGGAGAGAGAUUAAGCCAUGCAGUUGGGUGUGCCUUUGCUGCCUGCUUGGAGCGGAAGCAGAAGAGGGACAAGGAAUGCGGCGUAACUAUGUCGUUUGACCCCACUACCUCAACCUUCACACGAACUGGAUCCUUCAGGCAGAUGACAGUCACUGAGAGACUGUCUGACCCCCAGGAGUGCAAACCUAUUGAACCUGUGCCAGUCAAGAAGGUGGAGAAUCCUCAUGCUAUUGCAAGACCUCAUGCCACUCCACUCAUGCUCCAGCGCCAAGGUUCCUUCAGGGUGUUCCAGCACCUCAGUCAGUCAUCGCCAUUCAAGCGGCAGUUAUCACUGCGAUUGAACGACCUGCCAUCCAACUUGGAGCGGACUCGUUCCAUGUCUCUUGACAAUAGUGCGACCAACGCCAUGACGACCAACAACAACAUCCAGCCUCCAGAGAGUCCUCAGCCUCCACCUCGCACUCACAGGAAUAGACUUCUCUCGCUACCAAAUGCCGUUAACAUGACACCCAUACCAGAGAUAUCACCGAUGGUAGAGACCAAACCUGGGGAUGCGGUGUCUGCCAUGUGCCAAGAAUUGUCGGCCGGCCUCUCCCUCCUCUCCAACUUCUCCGACCCGUUCUCCUCCCCCGAGAGCUCCUCUCCCUCUCACAAUAGCUUCACUUCCUCCUCCGCUGCCACCACUACGACCACCACAUCUGCAGUGACAGCCUUCUCUAAUGUAACAACCACUGUGGCAACUAGUCAGUCAGUUGCUCCAACUUCUCAAGUCUUGUUGCCAUCUGUAGAGCCCAUCCAUGAAGAGAAUCCAUGGGCUGGACCAGCUGUGAAUGGCCAGGCUUCAAAGGCAGAAGAACUAAGAAAUGCUGGAGAGACAGCUGGAUGGUCCAGGGGAGAGGAGUGGCUUUCUCAAAUUAAUUCCAACUCAAAGAUCACAAAUGGCACCACUACACCACCACCUGGGACUCAGCCAGCAAACAACUCGUUUGCAGCUCGACGUAAUCCUCCCAUUGGGCAAGUGAGAUCUGUCUCCUUGGGUGGGGCACCCCAGUCUGGAGCCCCAUAUGCAGCUCCUGGCAAUACAGGUGACCCCAUGAGCUCAUCAUGGAGUGCUACUAAUGGCACCAGAGGAUCAUCACCAGCAAACUACCUAGGAGGAGCCCCAGUGCCAAGUGUGGGUGGCUCAACAGGAACUGACCCAUUUGAUGCCGAGUGGGCAGCACUGGCUACUCGUAAUGCAAACCCCAAUAACCCUUUCCUGCCAAAUAAUGUCACCAAGGCAUUUGAGGUACAAAUGUGAGCGCAAGGAAAAUAGUAAAAUUUGAAAACAUUCAGUUAUUUAUAUUAUUAUUAUUAUUAUUAUUAUUAUUAUUAUUAUUAUUAUUAUUGCUAUAUUAUUUUUAUUGUUACUGAUUUUGAAAAUGCAUUCUCCAGUUGGCCAUCCAUGUUAUGCAGUUGUUUGUUAAGCCAGUUAUAGAAUUAAGAAUUGGUGUUUACUUCUGGAAUAUAUAGAGAGUAUACAUGGUGAAACAAUGAGUUUGGCAAUAAGUGGAAAAUGUAUUGUACUUAUAGAUUACUACAACAAAGAUUCCCUAUUUUUUAUAUGUAUAUAUAUAUAUAUGAAAUAACAGAGGAAAACACUCCAAUAACAUUCCAUCUUUUUGUUCAUGGUCUGAUUAUAAUUGUACUUAAGAAUUUAAGGUGAUUUUAUAUUUAUUUCCAACUCAAGAUACUUAUAUUUGGAAUGCAUAAUCAUAUUUUGUACUUAAAAGAGACAAUGAAAUAUGAAACAAGAACCUUCAAUGCUAUUUUUUAAGUGACUAGGAAAUGUUCACUCUAGCUGUUGAAAAUGCGAUAUGGGAUAUGUCCACAGUAGCAGAAUUUGCACACUUUAUGUCUAAUUGCUAAAUGUGUAAUGUAGUGUGUAUACAUACUUACAUACAUAAAUAUGUACAUCUUCAUGCACACAUAGUUAUCAUAGGAAAUACACUGGCAUAAACAAGUGCAUCGAGCUAACCGAUCUACAUUUUAUAUACACAUACAACUCCCACUCUUUCACACACAUACACUCAUACUCACACUCACUCUCAUGCUCACUCACUCACUCACUCUCCUUCUCCCUCUCACUCACACACACACUCUCCUUCUC